CAGGCGGCGGAGACACGGCGGAGGAGAAAGAACAUGGCGGACGCGGCCGGGCCCGGGACCGGCCCUGGGGUAGCGGGCGGAGAUGGAGACGAUUCACUAUACCCGAUUGCAGUUUUAAUUGACGAACUCCGCAAUGAGGAUGUGCAGCUCCGUCUCAACAGUAUUAAGAAGUUAUCAACAAUUGCUCUAGCACUUGGAGUAGAAAGGACAAGAACUGAACUGCUGCCAUUCCUUACAGAUACAAUUUAUGAUGAAGAUGAAGUACUUUUAGCUCUUGCUGAGCAGCUGGGAAGUUUCACCGGCCUGGUGGGAGGUCCUGACUUUGCCCACUGUUUGCUGACACCAUCUGGGAAUUGCCAUCUGGGACAAGAGACCUUGGCUGUCCUACAGAAGUCGUGUCUUCAGCCUCCUUUGGAAAGUCUGGCAACCGUGGAAGAGACUGUGGUUCGAGACAAGGCUGUGGAAUCCCUGAGGCAGAUCUCCCAGGAACAUACUCCUGUUGCCCUCGAAGCUCAUUUUGUACCUCUGGUGAAACGCCUAGCGAGUGGAGAUUGGUUCACUUCUCGCACAUCUGCGUGUGGUUUGUUCAGCGUUUGCUAUCCCAGGGCCUCAAAUGCUGUCAAAGCAGAAAUUAGACAGUACUUCCGUUCCUUGUGCUCAGAUGAUACACCAAUGGUACGCCGUGCUGCUGCUUCCAAAUUGGGUGAAUUUGCAAAAGUGUUAGAAUUAGACAGUGUGAAAAGCGAAAUUGUUCCAUUGUUCACUAAUCUAGCUUCAGAUGAACAGGAUUCAGUACGCCUCCUAGCUGUGGAAGCUUGUGUCAGUAUUGCCCAGUUAUUGUCUCAGGAUGACCUUGAGGUUUUGGUGAUGCCUACACUUCGACAAGCAGUGGAAGAUAAAUCUUGGCGAGUUCGCUAUAUGGUAGCUGACAAAUUUUCAGAGCUCCAGAAAGCUGUGGGCCCUAAGAUCACCCUAAAUGACCUCAUCCCCGCCUUUCAGAACCUACUCAAAGACUGUGAAGCUGAAGUCCGAGCAGCUGCUGCCCACAAAGUAAAAGAACUUUGUGAGAACUUGCCCAUUGAAGGUAGAGAGACCGUUAUUAUGAAUCAAAUUCUGCCCUAUAUAAAGGAAUUAGUAUCUGAUACAAAUCAACAUGUCAAAUCGGCUCUAGCUUCUGUAAUUAUGGGAUUGUCUACCAUUUUGGGCAAAGAGAAUACCGUUGAACAUCUUCUGCCUCUUUUUUUAGCUCAGUUAAAGGAUGAGUGUCCUGAAGUUCGCUUGAAUAUCAUCUCUAAUUUGGACUGUGUAAAUGAAGUGAUUGGAAUCUGUCAGCUCUCUCAGUCUCUCCUUCCUGCCAUCGUGGAGCUGGCUGAAGAUGCCAAGUGGAGAGUCCGGCUGGCCAUCAUUGAGUACAUGCCACUGCUGGCGGGCCAGCUGGGCGUGGAAUUCUUUGAUGAAAAGCUGAAUUCUUUAUGUAUGGCCUGGCUUGUGGAUCAUGUAUAUGCCAUCCGUGAAGCUGCCACCAACAACCUCAUGAAACUAGUUCAGAAGUUUGGUAUAGAGUGGGCCCAAAAUACCAUCGUUCCCAAAGUAUUAAUAAUGGCAAAUGAUCCUAAUUAUUUGCAUAGAAUGACCACUUUAUUCUGCAUUAAUGCACUGUCUGAAGCCUGUGGUCAGGAGAUAACCACUAAGCAGAUGCUGCCCAUCGUAUUGAAAAUGGCAGGAGACCAAGUAGCGAAUGUCCGUUUCAAUGUGGCCAAAUCUCUACAGAAAAUUGGACCAAUUCUGGAUACUGACGCUUUGCAGGAGGAAGUUAAGCCGGUACUACAGAAGUUAGGCCAAGAUGAAGACAUGGAUGUCAAAUACUUCGCACAGGAAGCUAUAAGUGUGCUUGCGUUGGCAUGAUGAGGAACAGGAGGGAAAAGACUUUACUAAAUUCUUAUCACAGAUUUCUAGUCAAUGUGUUCUUAAACUGGGUGGAGAAAACGUGGAAAACCUUCAAGACCGCAUCCAAGCAAAUGGCAACAACUUAAAGAAAUCAAAUUUCCGAGACUUGAUUCUUUCUAAAGAUGAAAUAGGAUUGUUUUUACUCGUCUUCCUUGUUGGGAUAAUUAUGUUUAAACCAUUCUUAUUGUUUGUGACCAAUUCCUGACAUUCAGUACAAUCAUUUCUUGAUUGUCUCCUAAUGAAUUAUCUGGCACCUUCUGGGCUCCUGCAUCCUUGCUGUUUCAUGAGGCCCUGGCCGCUUAAUGUUUCUGACCACGCCUGGAUGGGUUGGGACCCAGACAUGGAGUGGGGUGAUUCUCUUGGUGUUUUUAUGUAUCUGUGUAUCUCUCCAUCAUUCCAAAGUUAAAUGUAUGUGGUUUAGAAUAACUUAUUUUAUAACCACUCUAUUUGGGAGACACAUCUUCCUGGAUGGUCGGCAUCAAUGUCGUACAUGAAAAGGAAAUGUGGAAACUCAGAGUUCAUGUGUUGGUUGUUUUGGUUUUUGUUUGCUUGAUUUUGACUGUAGUCAUGUCAUUUGGAAACCUGAAGUACAGAUGUAUCUUGCUGCUAAUGUAUGAUGUUGAAACCGAACUGAAUUUCCACAGCUUACCACUGUGACUGCAUUCAGAAAUACUUCUCUCCCCUGAGAAACUAAAAAUUCAGUGCUUCCUAAUCAGUAGUCCUACUGUGUCAUUGCAAGACAGCAGUUUUGCAUUUCUAAUGAGUAAAGGAACGACUGGUCUAACACUGUGAGGCUUUCCUGCUUUUAACCUCAUUCUGCUCCCAGCUGUGUUAACAUCUGGUCCUUGCUACAUUGUAGAGAAGUAGCUUUCCAACUGAAGUUACUCAUUUUUUGGUAUGGGUGAUGCUAGAAUCUUAUCAUAUGAAAUCUUUGUUUUUGUGCUAUUGCAGUGAAACCUCAUUAAUUGCUCCUGGAACUUAAGAUAAUGAGUUAAGCUGAAGGGAGCGUUUGCUGAAGCAAAUUAAUAGUAUGUAAGGAAGCCUGUUGGGUCUGAACUACUUAAAUAAUUUUACAGCUCCCUUUAAAAAACACCCUUUACCAGUUUGAUAUGCCAUUCACUAACCAAUCUUUUCAAUUAUAUUAAAAUACCAUUUAUGAGAAUUUUUAUAAGGCCACACCUUUUUUUAAAAGAUGCAUUCAGUUUACUCUUUAUCCCUGAAAUAUAUACAUUUGUAUUUCAUGGGGAAUUUAAAUAUUUUUUCAUCUAAAUUUAUUUACAUUUUCACCUACUCAAACUUGCCUUGUUCCUAAUGAAUGUUAAUUAAUGAGGUUUCAUUAUAGCUUAUUUUUCUCUCAGUGCAUCCUGCUCUGUGCACUUGUUUCUGUGCUUGUUUGCUUGUUUCUGUUUUGGUUUUGGAAUUGUUUCUUCCAUUCGCAGCCUCUUUUAAACCCAGGGAACCCUGUUCUGUUUUGUGAAGUCUCAAAGAUGCCUGUAAAACUUCGUACAUGAAACCAGUACAUAAAGCCAAGUUUGAGCAAAUUACUUUCAAGCUUGUCCUACAUUAGGAAAACAACAUUUUAAAUCAGAAAUUACCUGGCUGCAUUUAAAACUGCUGAAUUACCUUAUAGGAAGUUUCUGUUAUUUUUUGGGUGAAAGAUUAAAUGUUUUCCUAAGCAAAAAUCAUUUCUACAUUCUCAUUGUAUAUUGUAAACUAUUAUGUUGUAAACAUUUUAAUUUGUUUCAUGGUUCUUUUUAUUUUUUUUAUUACCUGUAGGUUGUGUUCCUCUUCAUUGAAUUUUGUAUUUGAGAGACUAUUGUCAAUUCUUGAAACAAAUAUACACAACCGUUGCUUUACUCUUUGGUAGGAAAUGCUGUUAAUUUUGGGAUAUGCCCUUAUGUACCCUACCUCCCUGUGAGCCCUGUGUAUUGAUUGACCUUUGGCCCUAGGUCUGUGGUACAGGGGAGCUGCUGGCUUUCUCAGCCAUGGGUCAUGGAGCUCAGCAGGGGGUGCCUUCUUAAGUGACUCCUUAGGGACUUCAUUGCUUCUUUCUGAAUUAAACAGGGAAUCCCUUUUGUUACUGCUCAGAGGAGGUUUUUGGCUCAUAACUUGGUGAUUUUCUCCAUGGUUUAGUUUACUUACCUGAAUGUAAGCUCCAGGAGCUAUGUAAGGGCAGGAAGUUUUGCCUUCUACUGUAUUGCCAGCGCCUAGAUCAGUGUCUGGUAUACAUAAUAGGUGCUCAAUAAAUAUGCCUUUAAUGAAUUUCUAAAACCUGUCCUCUGAUAUGUUGCAUUCAUGGAACAAGUGAUCGAAGGUACCAGACUACAUUACAUUCUCCCACUGACACAAUGAAAGGAUUUUACUGCUCUUAAGAAAUAAGCUUUAUGUGACCUUUCUUUAGUCCAUCAUCUUAGGCACCAAUUCCACUUAGAUUUGUACAGUUGCCUCAAGUGUAUAUUGGUAUAACUUUUUCAUCCUAGGCAGUUUAAAUCAGUUGUUUGGUUGCUUAGGAAAGUGAAGCAGAGGCAAAUAUACAAACCUAUGUGUCAAUAAAAAUGUUUCAUCGACAAUGAAA